CACCAAGAUGGCGCCGCCCAAGUCGGGCGAGUUACUGGCGCGGGUCAAUUUUCCCCUGUAUUCGAUAAAUGUACUUACCGAAAGGCACAUACUGGUCGCGGGAGGCGGCGGGAAGUCGAGGACUGGCAUACCAAACAAAAUUGAGAUAUACGAGCUGGUCCCGACGAAGACAACAUGCAAGGCAGAACCAGUGACACGCUAUCCGACGGGCGACUGUGCCAUCAUGAACUCGACCGUCUUCUUUCACAAGGGGCGCAAGAGCUUCGCGUUGGCCGCAGGAGCCGACGAACACUGCCAGAUGUACACCAUGCGCUACUGCCUCCUCGAGGACUGCCGGGAGGAAGACGGCGACACCAGGUCUGAGCGCGACCGAAGAGGCUCGUCAUCAGCUCUGCGGCGGCGGCGACGGUCGGAGUCGGCCUCCAAGGACCACGGCGAGGGCGACAGGCCGGAUGGCAAAGUGGAGAAUGGCACUGCCAAUGGCGUGGCGCACGAAAUCGGUGACUCAGCCAAGGCAAAGCCGGACACGAAUGCCAACAGCGUCCGGAUUGGCUUCUCCAUUCGCCCGGACACCAGCUUCCGGACGGACUUCUCCACGAAGCAGGAGCCGUUCCAGAAAGUGGUGCGAUUCGCGCCGGAAACAGAGGUUCUGUUCACAGGUGGUGCGGACGGCUUCCUUCGAGCCUGGAAGUAUCCCCAGUACAAGUUGAUAUACAAGAUCCAAGCCCACGACGACGAGCUCGACGACCUGUGCAUCUCACCAGAUGAAAAUAAGGUGGUAACAGUGUCUCGUGACGGCCACGGCUACGUCUGGGACGCCCUGAAUGGCAAGCAGGUGUGCGAGCUGACCUUUGUCCCACCUGGCAACAGCUCUGAGAGGUACAUCUUCAGAGCGUGCAGGUUCGGCAUCGUCGAGGGAGACAAGAGCAAUUACCGCCUGUUCACGAUAUCGAACCCUCUGGUGCGGAAGAAGCCUGCCUCGCGUUGCUACCUGACAAAGUGGGAUUUGCGGAGACAGGCUCCUGAGAAAACCCAGCCCAUGGGCACAGACGUCCUGUCAUCGUUAGCUGUCAGCGAGGAUGGCCGCUUCCUGGGCGUCGGCCACCUGUCUGGUGCGGUUGAAGUAUACAUUGCCUUCAGUCUUCAGAGACUGUACCGGGCCGAGCACGCUCACAACAUAUUUGUCACCGGACUGGAGUUCCUCAAGUCGUGCGACGAGACACGCCGCCUCGCAGGCAACUACGAUGCAUCCCUCAUCAGCAUAUCGGUGGACAAUCACAUCGUUGCGCAUCACAUACCGUACCCAACCACUAUGGAAGUUGCACGCCUGCUCAUUGUUCUUGUCGGAGUGAUCUUCGUCGUUUACCUGCUGAUGGACUUCUAUGGAUUGUGAGAGGGGAAUAAAAAAAGAAAAGUGCAGUGGCUUCGAGACCGUGGCUGCAAACCGAUGUGUCCGAGUGUCACUGCGCUCCUUACAUAGAGACGACAGCAUUCCAAGACAAGCGAGCCACGUCCUCUCCGUUAACGGACUGUUGCCAGUUGUUGCCUUGUUACUAUUGGCCGGAUCCGUUCGCAUUUGUGCCGGCCGCGGUGAUGACCAAAGCUCUUAAUGCAGCCGCUCCGUAGUUACUGCGAUCAAAAUCUCCUCACGUCGCGAGUGCCUCCGGAAACGUCGUGGGCACACGCAACUCGACUGAAGUAACGGUAGCAUUUAAGCAUUCUACAUUUAAACCACCCUCGGCUUGGCGUAUCUUUCGCGGCAGCAAGGCUUUUAUUCUACACGAAAAGAAACUAGAAAGUUCUCGCAACACUGUUGUCAUCAGUGCCAUAAAAAAAAAAAGAGCAUUCAAAAGGAAGCUGCUGUAGAAUUUAUGGGGUACUAAGAGAAAGUGAUUCUUGCAACUUCUUAGAGACCAUGCGACACAAAGUAAGCAGUUAUGAUCCUAACUACAAUGCUCUCUUGGCAACCCCCCUUUGCCAUUUGUUGUUCUUUUUUUUUUUGUUUACUGCGAGUUUUAAGUAUUCUAGGUUCCCAAAUGUGAGCAGAGAACCUUUGCUGAUUUUGCUGUUUCAAGACUCAAGCGUCGGUGGGGUAUUUUGUACAGUUGUUUCGGAAGAGAAAGAAGUUUAGCCCGUUGCGCGAUUGGUUCUUCUGUGAUGCUAUACUUGUACAAAGUAGUUUCUAGGUUGUCCAACGAAAGGUGCAGUCCUUCAGUUUUGUUUUUAGGUAUGACGAGUAGUAGUAUGUGUGUGGCUUUUAGUAUUUGUUUUUGUUUCAUAAUGUUCUUUUGAUAGAGAAAAGAGCUCGUCUCAUACGUGCAAUGCGUGAUCAAAACCCUUGCUUACAUUCAGUUGUGUGCACUUGGUACGAUACAGUAUAUCUCGUAACAGAACAUUGGCUAUACGUUCAAGGCUCCACCUUCCAUCGGCCAGCGGUGGACGUCUCUGUACUAGUCAUACCUGGAAGGGCUAAUUUCAAAUAAAAGCUAUGCGGUUGAAACAAA